AUGCAGAGCUUGCGGACAGGGGCGGCUCUCUGGUCCGUUGGUGCUGCCUUGUUCUAUCUUUUUCAGUGUGCAAAUUCAGUGUUAGGUUCCUCCGAAAGCAAAGCUGUCGGUUCUGCCUCUGCGUCCAACGGUCCUUCUUUGCGGGAACUGAAUCGAGAUCCGCUGCAGGGGGAUUCACUACCAGAUUCCAUUGGUGGUAGCGGUCUAGAGUUUCUCGCCACCACAGACAGAAGCCAGGAAAUCACUCGUCACAGGACGGAAACGUCUGAGGAGCUAAAAAGUGUAUCAGAAUCACUAUUACAGGAAGAUGAAAUUACCAGUUCAACACCAGAAGCACUCAUCUGGUCGUGGAACCCCCUGAAGGCGGGUGAUCGUACGGAGGCUGAAGACCUUGAGCACAAGGGGGUGCCUAGUGACUAUACAGAGAUCCCAAUUUUAGACAAAGCUGCAGAGCAGCAGUCCAAUCCUUCAACGACUACUCAGGGCAGCGUAGAAGUAAGCAGUGACACCUCACAGGCUCCAGAGGCGGACGAAGAUCGGGGUAGUAAGGAUGCAGAAAGCAACCGCUUGAUCACCCAAGUUUCCCUUUUAGCAGAAGACACCAGUACCAAGUCUAAAGGCGCCGGAGGCUAUUCGCUUAAGUUUCAGCAGAUCGUCAAAGAAGGCAGGAGGAAGCCGAGGUCACCGGCUGUUUUACGCAGUGACGGACAGGAAGGCGAGGUUCACUCGCCAUCGAGCGAGGGUGAGGACGGCAAUGAUGCCAGCACCAGAACACCCCAGUCACUUGUUUCAGACGAUAGUGGCCACGAUCGUGAGACUAAGGGGGAGACUGAUGAUAGUGCGCUAGCUGAAGAAAGGCUUGACAUUGACGGUGGUGAUGGCAUCGAGAGCACAAACCCAGAGUCACCUGCCACAGGGAAUAACAAUGAAGGAUCAGGAGGAGGCUCGGCACAGCCCGAACCUUCCAGCUCUCCGAAAGUUGGCCAGAAGUCGGAGGCCACCAGCGGCUUUUCAGAGGAGCCGCAAGAAAGUUACCAGGGAAAAGAAGGGCACCGGUCGUUACCCGUUGUUGGUUCUGGAGAGAGUUCUGGGAAUUCACAAUCUUAUUCUGAGCAGUCAAGCGGAGCAGCUCCAACGAAAACAAGUUGCAAAGUCGCGGUGGGAGGGGUCAUUGUUGAUGCGUCCUACGUGGAUUCCGCGUGCACAGGGCAAAUAAAUUUGAUGUACAAAACGAAACAGAGCAAGUUCUUGGAGCGGCGGAUGCUUCUGACUAACACGACUGGGAAGCGAUUGACUGUGGUGAUGAAAACUGUCAAUGCACGACUCACUUCCCCGGCCUCACAAGCUUGGGCCUACUCUCAUCUGCAGGUGGGGCCGGCUUCGUUUCUCCAGGGGGUAUCAGAGGGGGAGACGAGCGAAACAGCAAAAGAAUACGUCCACCAGAUACUCAAGCAGAUGCGUAGACAACGUCGGAAGCGGCCGGAUGACCCACUUGACUUGGUAGUUAGCUUCGCCAGUCCGUUUGAUAAUCCAGGAGCAGCUGCUGGAGCGGUGAGCUUCAUGCAGACAGAAGCGGGCGCUGCACGCAUCACACAGACAUGCCAAGAGCUUUUGGCCGUGGUGGAGGACUCUCAGAGCUACAGCUGCGAAAUUCUCGAUGCUGUGGACAUGGUCAUCCUGCAGUUCCCACCAAACGCAGAUAUUUCUGCUGAUGGAGCGGUGUACAAGCUGCUAUCGAAGCUGUUGGUCCUUGAGGGGAAGAGCAUUCUUUUUUGGGAGCUUUCCAAGCCUACUUCGCUGCAAAUGGUACCCGUUAAUGAGGCCCUUCCUGAACCUCUGCCACAGCUUUUCGAGAAGCCUGCUUUCGUUCAGGCCAGAGCAGAGCUUAAGGAACGGUGUUCAGCAAAGGUGACUGCACAGACGCACCUCCUGAGUGGUAUGCCGCCCUACUUUUUCGCUGACCAAAGAGAGAAAGGAGAGGCCAGCGGAGGAGCUAUAAGAGCAGAACCUACAGAAACUAGCUCAUCUUUCAAUGAUUCGCCUGUUUCUUCGCGGAUUCCGACCGACCCUGACUUGGAGAAGCGCCUUUGGGGCAUGUACGCUGCAAGGUGCGUACACGCAUGGAUGCACGGAGAAAAGGGCCACAAAGAUGUAGUGGUGGCAGUUGUUGACUCUGGAGUUGCGAAGCAUUACGACAUUGAUUCCAAUGUGUGGAAAAACCUGGAGGAAUCUGAUGAUGGCAAAGAUGACGACGGCAAUGGAUUAGUUGACGAUAUUGAGGGGUGGAACUUCGCCGAAAACACCAACGUUAUCGCUGACUUGAAUGGCCAUGGCACACACGUCGCAGGCACCAUUGGAGGGGUCGCAAAUGGAAGGGACGUGGUGGGCUGUGCUCCGCUGGUGUCAUUGAUGAAGGUUCAGCAGUUCGGGUCAAGUGGAAGGGGGUCAGUGAGUGAUGCCGUGAGAGGAAUGGCUUAUGCAAUGCUGAAAGGCGUGCACGUCAUCAAUAACAGUUGGGGUUCCACAGAAUCCACAUAUUCGCUUCAGCUGGUUAUCGAACGUUCCCGUCACAUGCGGGAGGGGCUGGGGAUACUCAUAGUGAACGCCGCGGGAAACAGCAGCACGAAUAAUGACAUAGAGCCUUUCUAUCCAGCUGCUUAUGAUUAUCAGAACACAAUCUCAGUAGGCGCGUAUGAUGCUGAUGGACAGCUCGCGUCCUUCAGUAAUUACGGGGAGGCGUCGGUGUCGUUGCUGGCUCCGGGAGAUAGGAUCUACUCGACUUACCUUGACAACGGCUUCACGUUUCUUUCAGGGACGUCCAUGGCAACGCCUCAUGUUUCAGGUAUUGCAGCGUUGGUUUUUGGGGUGUUUAUGAAGGCGAAUUCGGAAGUUACUGCAGCUGAAGUGAAAGAUAUCAUUCAUGCCACGCUGCUGGACCUACCAGCGGCAAAGGGUGUCACGCAAUGGGGGGGAGCACCCGACGCAAUGUCUGCAGUUCUGAUGGCGCGCAUGGGAGGCAUGUGGUUCCAGAUGAAAUGCACGGACAUGAUUGUCGAUCUUCAGCCAGAGGAAGUCUAUGCAUCCACAAUAUACAUCCGCGGUUACGCAGAGGGCAUAUACACGGCGGAGAUCCAAGUAGAAGUCUACGACGAGGAGGCCAACAUGUUGGGAUCAGCACAGAUUCCAGUCCGUCUAAACAGCAGUAGCAACCCAGCGACAAAUUCGCCGUCCGAUGAAACUGCAGCGUCUGCAUUCAGCAGCCACGUUAGUGAAAAGGAUCAGGGAACCCCUCUAUGUGAUGUACAGAUGAAGUACACGGGCACUCUUGAAGAUGGCGACGGCUGGUCUGAAGGGGAAAUAGCAGCUCUAACACUUGGUUGCCUGGCGAUUGUCGCUGGAGCAGCUUGCAUCAUCUUUUACUUUCGCUACAAAGCUAAGCAGCCCGGUGAGGGACCCAGCAGGCCGAAAGCAGUUGACAGGAAGGAAUUUGGAGAGCCUGACGCAAUGACUGCCUUGCUGCAAGACGAUUGA